UCUCUCUUCUUUCUCAGAAUAUCAUCAAUCAUUCACACCACCAAUUCCAAACUCUCUCUCUCUCUCUCUACAAAAUUAUUAAAAUCAAGAUCAAUAAAUCAAGAUGAAGAUGAGCAGCAGCAGUAGCAAGAGAAGAAUUUCGAGCAGCAGAGGAGGCUUCCUAAGAGAACAAAGGGCAAGACUUUACAUCAUUAGACGAUGCGUAGUCAUGCUCCUUUGCUACCAUGACUGAUCAUCCUCUUCUGCUUCCAUCUACAUUAUUGUAAAUACAAUCCUUCACAAUUUUGUAACUGCCCUUUUUGUAGCUAUCAAUUCAAAUUAAUUAUUUUUUCUA